CGUUUCAAGUAUUGUGUUAUUUUUAUAAUACGGAUCUAGAAUAUGUCUGGAAGAGGCAAAGGUGGUAAAGGACUCGGGAAAGGAGGCGCCAAGCGGCAUCGCAAAGUGCUCCGUGAUAACAUCCAGGGCAUCACCAAGCCCGCUAUCCGCCGCCUGGCUCGCCGCGGAGGAGUGAAGCGAAUCUCCGGGCUGAUCUAUGAAGAGACCCGCGGGGUGUUGAAGGUUUUCCUGGAGAAUGUGAUCCGGGAUGCCGUCACCUACACUGAGCACGCCAAGAGAAAGACCGUCACCGCUAUGGAUGUGGUGUACGCUCUGAAGCGUCAGGGUCGCACUCUGUACGGAUUCGGAGGUUAAGGAUAUUCAUCGGCUGCAUUUGAACACAAAGGCUCUUUUCAGAGCCACCCACAA